CCCAGCACAGCAACUUUUUUUUCCUCCAAUUUUUUUUUAUUGUGGUAAAAUACUCUUAACCAGCACAACUUUUUAUUAGAUCAGGCUGUCCUUGAUGGCUAGAGCUGUCAACAUUGCUUUACACUGCUUUGGAAAACAGGGCUCUUCAAGCAGAGGCUUAACAAGCGCCAUUCAAGGAUGUUAUAGGAACAUUUUCUAGACUGGACGAGAGAUUGGCCUUCACCAAUUGCCUCUAAGUUUCCUUCCAACUUUUAGAACUUAUAAUUCAUAUUAAAUUCAGGAUUAUUCUGACAUCCUUAACGCUUUAGGAGAUGAAAAAUUACUCCACGAUUUCAUCUUGUACUUAAAGCUUCAGUUCAUAUUACAUUCUGAAUACUGGGCUUAACACCAGUUUAUAAACCCCCAGAACGAAUGUUAAAAUUCUAUGUGAAGUCAAGCCCAAAUACAGUGUGACAGGAUAUGUUGGUUCCCAGAAAUUUCAGGUACAAAGAUUGUUUUGAAACCUCAUUCAGGCUUUGUGACAAUAUCUUUAGUGAACAAAAUAUGAAUGAGUUAAUUUGCUUCUGAAAGCAAAUGCUCUGGUGAGAAAGUAAACAUGAGAAAUGAUUGUCAACAAUGCAAUAACUAUAACAGCUGGUGGAAACUGACCAGUGGCAUGAGGGGCUAUGCAGGUUUAGAGGUGGGAGAAAUCACUUGGAGUAAGAGGAUCAGGGAAGGCGGGGAGGAGGAGGGGAGUGGCAUCUGAGGGUUAUACUCAUUAGCACUUGAGUCAUCAGGCUAUAGUCUUGGGGCUGAUGCAGGGAAGGGGUCAUAUAGGAGAGCUCUAGUGUACAUCCCUGAAUUUUAUCUCCUUCUCCUCAGUGAAGUAAUUUGGGCUUUGGCUGUCAUAGAUCUGAAGUGAUUAGACAUUAACAGGCAUAUGGUCUGAUUUGGGAGCUCUGAGAAGGUCCUAAAACCCCACCUCCACCUCCUUGUCCUAGCCAAUCUCUCACAAGGGCUGACUUUUUUUUUUUUUUUUUUUAGGUAAAAUUUACAUUCACUGAGAUUCGCAGAUCUUAUGCUUACUUCAGUUUUAAGUCAAGUUUUGACAAAUUUAUACACCCUUGUAACCAAAACCUAGUCAAGAUAUAGAAUAUUUUCCUCCCAGAAAGUUCCCUCAUGCCCCCUCCCUGCCAGAAGCAACAGCUGUUCUGAUUUCUCUCAAGAGCUAACUGUUCAUGAGAUUCUUUUUAUGUGACACUACAUCCCUUGAACAGCAAUCAAAAUUGUACCGUGAAAUGCAACCCACCCCAAGAUGUUAUCAGUUAUUUACAAUUUAGUAUGCAGGAAAGAUUGGCAUAAAACUAUUUUGGGAAAAGAGGGAGGUGAGAUUGCAAGGACCUUAAAUAUUUGGUUCCUGAAGGAUGUUCAGAAGCCCUGCAUUGCCGGAUGCUCUGGAAAUAGGCCAGUUUGUUUGUUUCCCCUAGACAUAAUGUCAAGUGGAGAUGAUCAGCAAUCACGGGCUUUUGCCAAACCCACUUUCAGUGAGGUACAAGCCUCUGCAUUAGUGGAAUCAGUAUUUGGGUUAAAAGUUUCCAAGAUCCAGCCACUUCCUAGCUAUGAUGACCAAAACUUUCAUGUGUGCAUUCCAAGAACCGAAGACGCUACCGAUGGCCCAACUGAAUAUGUCCUCAAAAUAAACAACACUGAGGCUAGCAAAACUCCAGACCUGAUUGAAGUGCAGAGUCACAUCAUCAUGUUUCUGAGAGCGGCUGGAUUUCCGACAGCCUCUGUGUGUCGUACUAAAGGAGACGACAUAACCUCUCUCGUGUCCGUAGGCAGUGGCUCUGAAAUCAAAAGCUACUUGGUAAGGCUGCUGACUUACCUCCCAGGAAGACCUAUAGCUGAGAUUCCCAUCAGCCCCCAGCUAUUAUAUGAAAUUGGAAGGCUAGCUGCCAAAUUGGAUAAGACACUGGAGAAAUUCCAUCACCCAAAGUUAAGCAGUCUUCAUCGGGAGAACUUCAUCUGGAAUCUGAAAAAUGUACCUCUUCUGGAGAAAUAUCUGUAUGCUUUGGGCCAGAAUCAAAAUCGAGAGAUUGUCGAACAGGUCAUUCAGCUGUUCAAAGAUGAAAUAAUGAGCAAAUUAAGUCAUUUUCGAGAAUGUAUCAAUCAUGGAGAUCUUAACGACCAUAACAUUUUAAUAGAGUCCAGCAAGUCAGCCUUUAGAGAUGAUGUAUAUCAAGUGUCUGGGAUUUUAGACUUUGACGACAUGAGCUAUGGCUAUUAUGUGUUUGAAUUGGCAAUCACCAUCAUGUACAUGAUGAUUGAAAGCAAGAAUCCUCUACAAGUAGGAGGUCAUGUCCUCGCAGGGUUUGAAAGUAUAAUCCCACUGACAACUGUAGAGAGGGGUGCUUUGUUUCUACUUGUAUGCAGUCGUUUUUGUCAGUCACUUGUCAUGGCUGCAUACUCUUGCCAGCUACACCCGGAGAACAAAGAAUAUCUCAUGGUUACUGCAAAAACUGGGUGGAAGCAUUUACAGCAAAUGUUUGACAUGGGCCAGAAAGCUGUAGAAGAAAUCUGGUUUGACACUGCCAAGUCCUAUGAAUCUGGGAUCUCCAUGUGACUAGAU